GUCAUCCUGUCAUCACACGCACAACAGACACCAAUGUACACCAUGUUUGAACGAAUGAAAAGCUGUGUUUUUGCAUCAUGUGUCCUACUGCUGCUUGGUGUGAAUUCUCCAAUAGCACAAGUAAGUGCACAAGUGGUUGAUAAUACAAACAGUAGCGUCACUGCUGUCGAACCGGUUCAAAAUACAACGGUAUAUUGGGAUCUUGGCUGGGUGGAAGAUAUAAAUCCCGAUGGUCUCUACAGUCGGCGAGUGGUUGGCGUGAAUGGAUCAUGGCCUAUUCCGGGCGUGACUGCGUACUACGGUGCAUAUUUGAUUCUCACGGUAAAGAACAGUUUGCCCACCAUUGCAUCUGUGCAUGCACAUGGAAUGUACCAAAAUGGAACAUCCUUCUAUGACGGUGCGUAUGGUAUUAAUACCUGCGGCAUACCUCCGGGCGAAACCUUUACUUUCCAUAUGCCUUUGCAGCAGACCGGGACCUAUUGGAUUCACGGCCACAACAACGGUCUGUCUGUUGAUGGCUUCAGAACCAGCUUUGUCAUUCUGGAUCCCCCCGCCAAUAACACGCUCAAGGGUGGCUCUCAGUGGCAAGACGAUCUGGGUUAUGAUGAGGAAAUCAUCAUCAACUUGGAAGAUUGGUAUCACACGGAGCAUUGUACGCUUAUCGACUUCUUUUUGGGUAUUUACAAUCCAACCGGGAAAGAACCUAUCCCUGAGUCUGCGCUCAUCAACCACGGCGUUGAUUCGGUUAUUCAGUUCGAGUACGGAAAGACUUAUCUGCUGCGCGUUAUUGCUAUGAGCGCUCUAGCACGAUUCAACAUGUACAUAGACGGCCACGACAUGUAUGUGGUAGAGGUUGAUGGGGUACGCGUGCAAAUGCCGGAAGAACCAGUGUCCAGUCUGUUCUUAUCCACAGCACAACGUUACGCCGUGAUUGUGCGAGCCAAAAAUGAGUCGGAAAGUAGCGCCUGCAACUACUAUCUACACGCAGAUCUGGAUCUGGAUAUGUUCGACAAUCCGCCCGACACCCUCGAUGCUUUUCCCAGGGCAACUGUGCAGUAUCCGGACGGACAACAAGUGUGUGAAGAAUCAGCCGAGUCGCCCGUGGGGAAUGUGUUAAUGGAAGACGACUUUACACCGCUGGUAGUGCAGGAAUUCCGGCCUGCGGACAUUUCAAUCGCGCUCGAUGUGACGUUCGAACUGUUUGACGACGGUGUCAACCACGGCACAUUCAAUCAGACAGUGUACAAAACUUACGAAGUAAUUCCCUAUUAUUCGGCCAUAUCAACGCCGGACGAACAGGCUAUGGACUCGCUCACGUACGGCCCGCACGGCACUGUCUACCCACUCGAUCGAAUGCAGACAGUGGAGGUUAUCAUUACGAACAAUGACGCCGGUAACCAUCCGUUCCAUCUGCACGGGCAACACUUCCAGGUCAUAACUCUGGUCGAGGGAGGUACACCGGAGCCAUUCACUGCAACAAGUAAGAAUCCAGCUAACCCUGCUCGCAGAGACACAGUGACAGUUCCUAGUGAAGGAUCUGCUGUCAUACAUUUUUACACCGACAAUCCGGGUGCGUGGUUGUUUCACUGCCACAUUGAAUGGCAUCUGGAGGCGGGAUUAGCGGUAGUGUUUGUGGUCGAUCCCACGGGCAUGCAAGCCAGUCCACCCCCCGAACAGCACACAAAGAACUGUCUGACGAAUGGGUUCCAGACAGAGGGGAAUGCCGCUGGUGUAACAACGGCGAACGAGAUGAGUACAUACCCGGAUACCUCCGAGUACGAUUUAGUUGAGCCAUGGCCGGUGGGUUUCACUACACCUGAGAGCAUCGGCGCAUUAGUUGGAUGUAUCGCCUCGUGCUUUUUGGGGCUGGGUGUGGUGAUCUUUGUAAACUUGAAACUGUAAUAGUGAAUGUAUGCCUUUUAAGUAUAUAUAUACAGUAUGUAGGUGUAUAAUCUACUAUAGCUGAUUGAUUGGUUAGGCAGGUGCGCUGAGUAAACAACGAGAACGGGUGUCGCACAGGUCAGCUUCAAAGCAGGUGCAGUUCGCACGAUAGCAAAUUACAGGAUAUGCCUGUAGAAGAUAGGGGUGCUGUGUAAAUAUAAAUGAUCGCACAGUUACUGAACGACUGGGCUGUGAAGACCAUAUAUGUACAUAUGGUGGACUGCGUGUCCGGACGGCGGAAGGCAUAAAGCCGAAAAAAUUAGAAGUCAGAUUGACGACGUCGCAGGCGUUAGUAUCUGCACGUAAUAUUUGUAAAGACAACACGUCCAAAGAAAUGUUUGUAUCAGAGAAUGCAGCAUUCUAACGUAAACUAUUAGAGCAAUUAAAAGGAAAAGAUGAACAGGAG